GGGAACAGCUGAGCCAAUCGCGGCAGCUGCAGCAGCCGCCGCGGGGAAGUUUAAAAACCCCAGCAAACCCCGCGGUAGGUGGGAGCCAGGGAAGGAGAGAGGAGACAGGCAGCACGCCAGCGGUGCUUCAGCUCCCCUGGAGCAAACGCCUCAGACAGGCAGCUCUGCCUCAGCUCAACAGCUGGAGCAAAAACUGGGAACCUUGGCAGGGGCGGAAGGUGUGGUCCCCAGGGAUUGCCAGGGCCAAAACGUUGUUCCGGGAAGCCUCCCCAUCCUGGAGAAAUAUUAUUUCUAAGAUCAGGGCAGGAAAAGGGAGACGACCCAAGCUAGCUAUGGGAGCAGCAGGAUCCUAAAGCAGGCUGACUUAAGGCGACCAUUAGCCUGGGUCCGUACGGUCAGGAGCAUCUACCGGCCAAUAGGCCUGCGAAUAGCAGCAAGUUACCAUCUCACCAGCAAGUGAUCAGUUGGCGAGUGGACGGGGUGUAGGGGUGGCGGAGCCCCGUGGAACAACGGAAACCUCAACUGUGAGUACACCUGCGUCGGGGAAACCCCUCUGGUAAAAGAGCUCCACUGAACCCCUCCUUCGAAUCACCCAUAACAUCAAAGUCGUGGCAGGCGGGACGAGGGGAGGGACUACCUGACGAAGGGUGUUACCGGACGUGGGGCCACCGACGUCACAGACAUGUAAAGGAGGAAAACCCACUAAAUAGCCUUUGUGCUAAAUAUGCACAAUGUCAGAUCUGGAACAAGUGAAAAACCAGGAGGAAUAAUCGUUUCCAGGUUUAUACAAAAUGACAGCUCAGGAGAAAAAGUAUAGGAAACAUAAAUACAAUGGAGCUAACUAUUCAGGGGUAUAGCAUGACUACCUAAAUGGCUGCAAAAUACAGUAACUAUUUAAUGAGGUGUAAAUAUUUAAAGAAUAAACUGGGAGCUGCAAAGUAGCACUAUUAAAAAAACCCAGAUAUAUAAUACUCCUACAAAAAGUGUGAAAUUCAUCCCUCAAUAGAGUAUAGCUCCAUAUACUAAUUGUAUAAUUGUGAGGAAAUGCAAAGUUUUCACUGAAAAUUUGUUUCUCAAAUGUCUUCAGUAGGAACUAUUCUGACAAUCAUAUUGUUUCUGAACUCAAUCAACCAAAAUGACUAUGAGCAUCAAAUUAUAAUAAUGAAUGCUUUCUUAGUGGAGUAGCAGUUAAAAGUUACUUGCUUAAGAAGUGUUGCAUUAUAUCCUGAUGAAUAUUUUCUGGUAACAAAUAUUUUAAAAUAACAACUCUUACAUAAGCACGUAAGAAAUGUUGUUUAUUGGAUUAGACCAAAGGUUCAUCUAACCCCAUACCCUGCCUCUCUCAGUGGCAGGGUGGAUGUUGAGGGGGAGGUGAAUAUAUCAUGUCCAGAAUUUCCCAUCCCCUGCUCCUUUAUCAUUGAAGCUUCCAGCAUUGAUACAUUUGAAAGUUAUGAUUCAGAGUCUGCACUACUGUCUACCAUAUUCAAUAUCUUCUAGUGGAUCUUUCCUCCAAGAACUAGUCCAAUCCCAUUUUGAACUAGGUUAAGCUACUAGCUUUCACAAAAUCUAGUGGCAAUGAGUUCCAUAGUUUAAUUGUAUACUGUAUGAAAAACAACUUCUUUUUGUUAGGUUUAAACCUGCUACCUAAUAGUUUCAUGUUAUGACCCCUAGUUGUAGUAUUGUGAGAGAUACUAGAGACAGAGAGUAAAUAAUGAAUCGCCAUUUACUUUCUGUGUACCAUUUAAUAUUUUGUAAACUGAUAUCAUGUUCCCCCUCAAGUGUCUUUUUUGCAAGCUGAAAAGUCCCAACCUAUUUAAUCUCUCACCUAAUAUGGAAAUCCUUCCAUAGCUGUGAUCAUCCUUGGCUUCCAUUUUACCUUGCCUCUAAUAGUUUUCAUCAGCAAUCCAGACCCUUGAAAUCUUUUCUGUACCCUGAAACUUAUGCCUAGAACAUAUGAAAGUCAAAAUAAUUUCUCCCAUUCUCUGUCAUGGAGGGCUUCUUGGGGGAGUUGCGAGCUGGGUAGAAUGUCAUUUGUGGAGAAGGGAAGGACAUAUUUAAUCUAAAAAUAAUAGAGCAAUUCUUCUAGUGCAAAGAACUUAGAUCACAACAGGUCAGAAUGUUUUUAAUACUGUGGAUUCCUGUGUAAAAACUCUUGGUUUAUCUCGUGAAUAAUGUUUGCACACUUAACAGAGCUAACAUUGUGCAGCACCCCAUAGCCCCCCAUAAAAGGAUCUCAAGGCACCCUAGGGUUGAGAAUCUCUGUUUUAGAGUAUAUAGUUAUGACUAGAGAUUAUCUAGUUAUUUCACAAGAUGUAUCUAGGCUUAUUGCUUAGCCAUUGAACUACUUUUGUUAUCUGUGUCUAUUGUUAUCUGUGCUUUCCAUAGCUGUGGAUGCUCUGCUUUCUGUAUCCCCCUUAUUCCAGUAAGUCAUCAGAGUUUACAAAGCAACAAGGAAGAAUUAUGGGUUACCAGUGGCAGGUGACUUGCUAUAAACACUAUAGAAGAGACUGUAAGCAAUGACUUCUUCUUAAGCUAUAGCUGAUAUUGGCCUGACCACUUCUAUACUAGCAAUUAGGGGAAUGCAUCACAACUGCUGUUUGGCUUUUAGCCAUAUUUAUUUGUUCAGCUAUGUGUAUUUGGAAAACAGGAUCAACCACCUGUGUCACAGUGCAAUCUCCUCCUAAAACCUGUGAGCUAGAGUUUAUGAAGAUACAACCUGUUAGCAGAGAGUUUAUGAGGAUACAAAAAAAGAUUAGAUAUUUUCUUUCCUAUAGUUAUAUUAAAGAGCACAAAAUAUAGGGGCCAUAAGCCUUCAUGUUUCAGGCCAUAGCAAAAAUAAUAUCAAGCUUCUAUCUUAUGUUUUUGUCCAUAGACUUCAAAGCACAAAGGAGGUAGGCACCAUUAUCUCCAUUUUAAUGAGAUAUAUAUAUAUAUAUAGUAGGCCAGUAACAGAACUUAGUGUUUCUUUUCCCAGUUAAUAUGCUACCUUCCCUUUGCCAUUUAUUCAUUAGCCAAGUAUUAUUAGAGAUUUCAGUUGAAAUAAGGGCCCCAUUACACUAGCCAUUUUAGGAACACAAAGUAAAAAAUUAGCCUUGGUCAAAGAAACGGUAACCCAAAUAGAUGAGACUGGCAAAAAAGAAGAAGAGAGAUGUACUUAGAGCAACAGAGAUGAUGUUUGCAAAAGGACAUGUUGUUGCCAUUAUUUUGGAAAACUGAGGUACAAAUAGAUAAAAUGAUGAUUAAAUGGGAAAUCUGUAACAGAGCUGGGAAUGGAGCUGAGUGUCCCUGUUCUCUACUGUCAUUGUCUUCCAGGGACAAGUUCAGGCAAGUCAUGUCACUGCCCUGUGCCUCAGUUUCCUCAAUAUGUGCAAUAGAGAUAAUGAUACCUCCCUUCUGAAGCACUUUGAGAUCUGCUGAUAAGAGUGAGGUUUAAUUGUUAUUUGUUAAAUUACUGUCAUCUCUAACAUUUACCAGUUGUCUUUAAGAGUUACUGUGGCUUGUCCUUGAGCUAAUCAACUCACCUCAGGUACUAUUUCAGUACUGUUCAGUCAUGUAUUCGUUUACUUUUGUGUUACGGGACAUGGUUGCUCCAUGUCUCUCUUUACCUUUCUACAGAUCCUAAGAACAGCCUGGGUACAAAGUGGGUGGCAUGGGUGAAUGGCAAGCUGCUGCUAAAACAGUGAGGAGCAGAUGCUGGUGUACAAAUUCUGGGAAUCCACCAUAAGGUUACUGAGAGGCUGUUCUCCCAUGCAGUAGCCCCACCCCAAACUAUUGCAUCACUGUUCCCACCCCCUAACCUGCCCCUUAAGCCCCAGUGGUGUGUAGCAAGCAAGAUCAGAUUCCAGUGGCCCAUAAAGCUGGCUGUCUCAGUCUUACCCUGUACACAGGGAUAGAGUCCCUUCAGCCACUGGCUACACAAACCAGCGGGGAGCACACAUUAGUAUAGGCAUAAUGGGACUGACGUUGCACAACUGGGCUACUGUACCUCUCCUGUCCUUACUUUUUUCCUCUUGCACAGGAUAUCCGCCUUCCAAAGAUAAUUGCUGCAUCUUAGAUGAACGAUUUGGUAGCUAUUGCCCAACCACAUGUGGUAUUGCAGACUUUUUCAGUACCUAUCACACUUCUGUGGAUCGGGAUCUUCAAAUCAUUGAAAAACUCUUGCAGCAAAUUAAUAACAGCACUGCAGUAACAGAACAGGUGAUCCACCAUAUCCGUAACAUCUACCCAGAAGAAAAAACGGCUGAUCCACAUGUGAUUGAUGGUUUUACUCAAAAAUCCAGGAAAAUAAUUGAAGAAUUUAUAAGAUAUGAAGCAACUGUUAUAAAUAAUGAAGAUGUUAUACAGCAGUUGACAAAUAUGUAUAUUUUAAAUAAUAAUAAGAUCACACAACUGAAACAAAAGAUUGCACAGCUUGAGAUGAAAUGUCAGGAGCCAUGCAAAGACACUGUCCAAAUACUGGAUGCAACUGGAAAAGAUUGCCAAGACAUUGCAAACAAAGGUAUCAGAAAAAGCGGUCUUUACUUCAUCAGACCUCUAAAAGCUAAAGAGCAGUUCCUCGUCUAUUGUGAGAUUGACACAUCUGGCAAUGGAUGGACAGUGUUCCAGAGAAGACUUGAUGGGAGUGAGGACUUCAACAAAAAUUGGGUUCAGUACAAAGAAGGAUUUGGACACUUGUCACCAGAUGACCAAACAGAGUUCUGGCUGGGCAAUGAAAAGAUUCAUUUAAUAACCAGUCAGUCUCCUAUUCCAUAUGCCUUAAGAAUAGAACUGGAGGACUGGGAUGGCCAAAAAAGGACUGCUGACUAUGCCAUGUUCAAAGUGGGACCUGAAACUGACAAGUUCCGACUCACCUAUGGCUACUUUAUUGGUGGUGAUGCUGGGGAUGCCUUUGAUGGGGUUGCUUUUGGAAUUGAGUCAAGUGACAAGGCUUUUACAUCCCAUAAUGCCAUGCAGUUCAGUACAACUGACAAUGACAAUGAUAGGUAUGAGGACAAUUGUGCUGAACAGGAUGGAUCUGGAUGGUGGAUGAAUAGAUGUCAUGCUGGACACCUCAAUGGCAAAUAUUAUCCAGGUGGCAGGUACACAGAGAAAAAUUCUGGAACUGAUAACGGUAUUAUCUGGGCAACCUGGCAUGAUCGGUGGUAUUCCCUGAAGAAAACUUCCAUGAAAAUCAUUCCAUUCACCAGACUUUCAAUAGGAGAAGGACAGCAGCAGGCAGGCGGUGUCAAACAGGUUGGAGAUGUUUAAAGGGACAUUUCAACAAAGAUUUAUUGGGACAGAAAAACAAAAUCUUCUAUACGUGGGACACUGACCUCACGUAACUUUCUUCAGUUCAGCUUUGCCUGUAGAUGAUGCCCAAUAGUAAAAACAAAAUUGUGAAAUCCCCGAGCCUUUCUCCAUGAGCAGGUUAUUGGGUAUACUCUUUGUGUGGUUACUUUUCUGUAUGUAUUCUCAAUAAACUUUUGAUUACAGUAAGCAAA